ACAGAAGGACAGGCAGUCUGAUGCCAACGGUCUCCUCUGUGAAUCACACGGGACGACUCCUCCUGCUGUUGCUAUGGGCAACCCACCUCUCCAUGGCGACCAACUGGCUUUCUCUGGCCCGGCUGCCGCGUUCUCGUCCGAUAUCGGGUGACGGGCCAUGUGGGCGUCUGAGGGGGCUUUCUGCAGGACAGGUGGGGGUAUGCCGGGCACGGGGGGAGGUCAUGGAGUCCGUGAGGAAAGCUGCAGAGAUGGUCAUCGAGGAGUGUCAGCACCAGUUCAGAAACCGUCGCUGGAACUGUUCCACCACACCUCGUGGCAUUAAUGUGUUUGGCCGGGUGAUGAACCAAGGAACACGGGAGGCAGCUUUCGUCCAUGCUCUGUCUUCUGCGGCGGUGGCAGCGGCAGUAACAAGGGGCUGCAGCCGGGGGGAGCUGGAGAGGUGCGGCUGUGACCGGAAAGUUAGAGGGGUUAGUCCAGAAGGGUUCCAGUGGUCUGGCUGUUCAGAUAACCUGUCCUACGGUGUGGCAUUCUCGCAGACAUUCGUGGAUGAGCCGGAGCGGGCGAAAGGCACGUCAUCAGGCCGACCACUAAUGAACAUCCACAAUAACGAAGCAGGGCGCAAGGCCAUCCUCCACAACAUGCAGGUUGAGUGUAAGUGUCACGGUGUGUCCGGCUCCUGUGAGCUCAGGACCUGCUGGAAGGUCAUGCCCCCGUUUCGCCGGGUUGGUGCUGUGCUGAAGGAGCGCUUCGAUGGAGCCACAGAGGUGCGUCUGACACGGGUGGGCUCUCGCGCAGCUCUGCUGCCAAAGGACCCCCAGGUGAAGCCACCGGCUGCACGUGACCUCGUGUACUUGGCCGCUUCACCAGAUUUCUGCCGCCUAGACCCUGAAAACGGCAUCCCGGGGACAGCUGGCCGCCGUUGCAAUGGUACAUCACGCCUGGCGCCAGACGGCUGUGAGCUGGUGUGCUGUGGGCCAGGUUUCCGGGCUGGAAGAGCCGAGGUGAUCCAGCGCUGCUCCUGCAAGUUCUCCUGGUGCUGCUCAGUCCGGUGCCAACAGUGCAAAAACACAGUGCUCAUUCACACCUGCAAAGAGUGACCCAUACAACUAAGCCUGCCUUACCUUUUUACUGCAAACAGAUCCUUGCUCCAGAAUCCGACAUCAUUAUCCAAC